AAACACUCGAACAACCCCUCUCGUUUCUGCAAUUCUUCUGCAUUCACCUCUUCUUCUUUCUAUAACAAAGACUUUUUAGCUACUCAGAUCUUUGUCUACUUACAAUCCAAUUUAGGGUUUCCAUUUUUCUUCUCUUCAAUCAAAUACCUUAAUUAUUCUGCUAAGCUUUCAUUAAUGGCGAAAGGAAAGUACUCUCGAGCUCCUGUUCGAAAAUCGUCAACGCCAUCCUCAACUCUCAUUUUCGCAUUACUUCUGUUUUUCACUUUUCUUGUCUUAAUCCUUCUUGCUCUUGGAAUUGUUUCUAUUCCUACUUCUAAUCCUUCUUCAAAUCAUCAAGUUCAUGAUCUUAACUCCAUUGUCCAUAGUACUGUUCACAGGGUUGAAGUCAGUAAAGAAAGAGGUGAUCAGUGGGUUGAAUUUUUGUCUUGGGAGCCUAGAGCUUUUGUUUAUCAUAAUUUCUUGUCUAAGGAUGAAUGCGAGUACCUCAUCAAACUUGCCUCACCUCACAUGGAAAAGUCACAAGUUGUUGAUGAGAAAACUGGGCGGAGUAAAGACAGCAGGGUACGUACUAGUUCAGGAACAUUCCUUCCAAGAGGACGGGAUAAGAUCGUCCGGGCAAUUGAACAGAGGAUUGCAGAUUUCACUUUUCUUCCAGUAGAGCAUGGUGAAGGUCUUCAAGUUCUUCACUACGAAGUUGGACAAAAGUACGAGCCUCACUUUGACUAUUUCUUGGAAGAGUACAGCACUGCUAAUGGCGGUCAGAGGAUAGCUACAGUUCUAAUGUACCUCUCUGACGUUGAAGAAGGUGGCGAAACAGUCUUUCCUUCUGCAAAAGGAAAUAUUAGUGAUGUACCUUACUGGAAUGAGUUAUCUAAAUGUGGUAAGGAAGGUCUUUCGGUCAAACCAAAGAUGGGUGACGCCUUAUUGUUCUGGAGCAUGAAGCCUGAUGCCUCACUGGACCCAUCAAGUUUGCAUGGUGGUUGCCCUGUUAUUAGAGGAGACAAGUGGUCAGCCACUAAAUGGAUUCGUGUCCAUGAGUACCAUGCUUGAAGAUUCAAUGGUUUUGCUCAAGGUCAAGUUCAUCGACAUUGACAUACUUUCUGUAUCCUGUGUAACGAAAAAACCGAUAGAUUGUUAGUAGAGCUGAAAUCAUGAGAAGCCAACUUUACCAUUCAAAGGAACCUUAAAAUUUUGUUUAUUGACUUGAUUUUACACUGUAAUUUUAUGGUAUCUAUAUAUGUAUUAAUUAGCUUAUGCCUUAUACACAUUGAGACUUGAAUACAUCUUGAAUCAUAGAACUAAUAUUCCUAUAAAUUGUACUGGGAGACUUGAUGUGCCUCAAGUCUUGAACCAUAUGUUCAUACUUCAUUGCCUUUAUGCUGUCA